GUUAUCCAUAAAAUAGUGACCAAUAACAAGCGCCUACGCCGCUUCAGAAAAUGUUUCCCACCAAGCCCAGAUAGGAACUCAUUCGUCAACUUUUGCGGAUAGAGGGAACUAUUUCAGCGAAGAACUGAGUCGCAGUUCUGACCAGACUGUAAAAAACUCCACGUUUAGAUUGAAGAAGAAAAUGACGUGCAUCAUGGAAUGACAGCAGAAUUGCCACAUUGACAAGGGGUCUCAAGGAUUGAAGACACAUGGCUAAUCUAGAGGAAAACAUUUCUGAGCGGAUUGACUGGGGUGAAAAGGCAGUGGUGGGAGAAAAACACAAAGGCACAGAGCCUAAUGCAGAUUGGACAGGAACUCUGCUGAAUAAUGCACACAUUGGACUUCCUAGCCCAGCACCAGAUGUUGUCAAAUGCUCCCUAAUAUCUGGGGAGUGCCUCUACUUCCACUAUGGGUGUGAUGGUCAGGACGACAGGGGCUGGGGCUGUGGCUACCGCACCUUACAGACCAUGGCCUCUUGGCUGUGCCAGAGCUGGGCUCCACCACCACCUAAGGGCAAAUGCAGACCCCCACCCAGCCUCCCCGAAAUCCAGCACGCCCUGGUCGCAAUGGGGGACAAGCUUGCCAUGUUCGCUGGCUCUCACGAGUGGAUAGGGACGUUUGAGGCGGCCCUGGUCCUGGACUACUACUACGACGUCCCCUGUAAGGUUGUCCACGUGCGGGGUGGAGGGGUAGAACUAGAGAGAGCUGCUGAGGAGCUCCACCAGCACUUCCAGAGUCAGGGGUCUCCUGUCAUGAUGGGAGGCGACCGGGACAACUCCUCCAAGGGGAUCCUGGGUGUGUGCACUCGGCCUGGGGGCCAGGGGAGCUACCUGCUGGUGAUGGACCCUCACUACUAUGGGCCCAGACUGGAGAUGACGUCGGUGCAGGGGCUGGGGUGGGUGUCGUGGAAAAAAGUAGGGUCACUGGAUCAUAGCUCUUUCUAUAACUUGUGUCUGCCUCAGACUUCCCAGAAAUGAAACGGACAAGGACAGAUCAGUGGGAAAAGAAGCGUUUUCGUAAACUCAGGCAGCCCAAUUAUUUUUUUCCACUAAUUGCAGCCAGAUAGAAUUCUUGUAAGGACUUAAUUGGAUAAUCGCUUUGUUAAAUGUCUGUUGUAAUUAUCUGAGAAAAUAUUUUCAAAAUAAUACGUAUUUGAAAGAGAACAUCUGUUAUGAUCCACAAAUAAAGAUAUGUUAAAUAUA